AUGGCCAGUCUUUUCAAAUCCACCCUUUGCUUGUUGUUAGUUUUGUCGACCUUCAUCUCACUUUCACAAUGUGCACCUCCAUCAAACGUAGAUAUAAAAGCGAGAAAGGAUAUGUGUAGUAUAUUGCAAAAACACGGGUUUAACAAGCUAGCAUUGAAGUGUUAUAAGAGGAGGGUCAUGUCAGAAGCACACAUCGUUUCUCGACGACUAGUCCCCGGAGGCCCCAAUCCCGAUACCAAUUUCAUUGGUUCUUUACGACUAGUCCCUGGAGGCCCCAAUCCUGAUACCAACUUCAUCGGUUCUCAACGACUAGUCCCUAGUGGUCCAAAUCCCGAUACCAACUUCAUCGGUUCUCAACGACUAGUCCCCAGUGACCCCAAUCCCGAUACCAACUUCAUCGGUUCUCAACGACUAGUCCCCAGUGGCCCGAAUCCCGAUACCAACUUCAUUGGUUCUCAACGACUAGUCCCCAGUGGCCCCAAUCCCGAUACCAACUUCAUCGGUUCUCAACGACUAGUCCCCAGUGGCCCCAAUCCCGAUACCAACUUCUUUGGUUCUCAACGACUAGUCCCCAGUGGCCCCAAUCCCGAUACCAACUUCAUCGGUUCUCAACGACUAGUCCCCAGUGGCCCCAAUCCCGAUACCAAUUUCAUCGGUUCUCAACGACUGGUCCCCGGAGGCCCCAAUCCUGAUACCAAUUUCAUCGGUUCUUAA